ACGAAGAAGAAAUUAACCCGCGGUUGACAAGCGAGUAUCAUGUAGCGUUAAUUCAGAUCUAUGUUCUGGUUUAUUUUACUUUCAUUGUGUCUUUAUCUGUUAUUCAAUAGUCGUAUUUUAUUGAAAAUACAUUUAGACGUAAAGCCAUCGCGGUAGCGGCGUUAGCGGCGUAGUUAGCCCAAAUGUUAAACUAAGUGAAGCUAGUUAGUUGUGUUUUGGUCCGGCUCAGUAAAAAUGGAGGACACAGUGAUGGAGUCAGAACCAGCUGAACUGUCAGGGUCUGCUCCUCUACAGGGGGUCGCUGAGGCCUGGGAUACUAUCACUGCUGCUCUGACGUCCCCUGGCUGCCCGCUGACCGAGCAGAGCCUCUUGGACUCGUUGGCCCUCCUCUCCAAACAGGGUCUGGGUCAGCUGCUGGGGAGCUGGCUGCUGGAGACUCUGCAGAUGCGUCUGUCCUCCUCCGUGGUCCCUGAGUUCUGGAGUGGACUCAAACAGCCGGAGAACGAGCUGGAGGAGAGAGGCAGGGCCUGGGUCCUCCUCACGGCCUUUCGGACUCUGAUAGGGCAGCUGGACCCCAUCCUUGCCGGUUUAGAGAAGCUCGGGACCUGGCAGGACGAAGGCCGUGGUAGUCUUUGUGGCCCGGGAUCUAAGGGCCUCCAGGAGCGAGCCUUUACCAUCAUCAGGGCCCUCCUCCUCUUCUCCCCGUCCCCGGUGCUUCAGGAGCGAGUGCUGGAGUUCUACAGCAGGACCUUCACUGUCUACAUGAACCAGGUAGGCGAGUCCGAGGACGGGGCUGACGUUCCAGAUGGACCGGAAGGAGGAGGGGUCUGCCGGGGCUGCGGGGUCCCGACACAGGAGUGCUGGUGUCAGGAGGCUCUGGAGCAGCUGCAGGAGCUCAGCCACAUUCUAUCCAAGCUCCAGCUCCUGGAGUGGGUCAGCUCCGAGGCCGUCACCUCCAUCCUCCACAAGCUCAUCGAGCAGCGGAUGGAGCAGCACUGCCGCGGCGAGUACGAGCGCUCCUUCCUGCUGGAGUUCCAGGAGUGGCUGGAGCUGGUCCUGGGCUGGCUCAGUAAAGUGUUUGUGAGUGAGGCGGAUGGAGACGGUGUGACCUCUACUCCCAGUACUCCCAUCGCUCCAAGCGUUCAGCCGGGCAGCUCCAUCCUGAAGCAGUGGAGGUGCCACAUGCAUCAGUUCUUCUGCAGGAUCUACGUCAACAUGAGGAUAGAGGAGCUCUUCAGUAUCAUCAGAGAUUUCCCAGAAUCCAAAGCUGCCAUUGAAGACCUAAAGUUUUGUCUGGAGAGAACCAACCAGAGACAGCAGCUCCUCACCUCGCUGAAGUCUGCGUUUGAGAGCCGUCUGCUGCAUCCAGGAGUUCACACGGCUGACAUCCUCACCGUUUACAUCUCUGCUAUCAAAGCUCUCAGAGAGCUCGACCCAUCCAUGGUCAUCCUGCAGGUCGCCUGUCAGCCAAUCAGAAAGUACCUCAGGACCCGUGAGGAUACGGUGAGGCAGAUCGUAGCUGGUCUGACCGGAGACGCUGAAGGCUGCACAGAUUUGGCCUCAGAGCUGUCCAGAGGAGACCCGGUGACUCUGGAGAUGCAGGACAGCGAUGAUGAAGGAAACGACCCUGAAGACUGGACUCCAGACCCGACUGACGCUGUCCCCGAAAAAAUGGGCUCAAAGCGGCGCUCCUCCGACAUCAUCAGCCUGCUGGUCAGCAUCUACGGCAGUAAAGGGAUCUUCAUUGACGAGUACAGAGCCGUGCUGGCUGACAGGCUGCUGCACCAGCUCAACUACAACACAGCCAGGGAAAUUCGAAACGUAGAGCUGCUGAAGCUCCGGUUUGGAGAGUCUCACAUGCAUUUCUGCGAGGUCAUGUUGAAGGACAUGGCAGACUCCCGGAGGAUCAACAGUAACAUCCGUGAGGAAGAGUCGAGGCUGAGCGAGGAGGAGCAGCCGCCGCUCUCCCUGUCCGCCAUCAUCCUCUCCUCUGAGUUCUGGCCGCCGCUGAAGGAAGACAAGCUGGAGCUCCCCCCGCUGGUCGUCCAGAGCAUGGAGGCGUACACACACCGCUACGAGAAACUCAAGGCCAUGAGGACACUGAGCUGGAAGCCUCACCUGGGCUCGGUCACCUUGGAUGUGGAGCUGGAGGAUCGCACCCUCACCAACCUCACCGUCUCCCCAAUCCACGCCGCCAUCAUCCUGCACUUCCAGGAAAAAAGUUCGUGGACUCUGGAGGAGCUGAGCGCGAAGCUGGGCACCCCGAAGGAGCUGAUGCACAGGAAGCUGGCUCUGUGGCAGCAGCACGGCGUUCUGAGGGAGGAGGCGGGGGGGCGGUACUACGUGGUGGAGACGGGCUCGUCCAAAGAGAAGAUGGAGAGAGGAGUGAUGCUGAUCGACAGCGACGAGGAGAGAGACUCAAACACCACCACCCAGUCAGAGCAGAGGGAGGAGAAGCUGCAGCUGUUCUGGGCCUACAUCCAGGCUAUGCUGACCAAUCUGGACAGCAUGACGCUGGACCGCAUCCACUCCAUGCUCCGGAUGUUCGUUGCCACGGGACCUGUCGUCACGGAGAUGGACAUCAACGAGCUGGAGGCUUUUCUGCAGAGGAAGGUCAGGGAACAUCAGCUGCUGGUCUCGGCGGGCGUCUACAGACUCCCAAAGUCCACCUGAUGGACUAAAAGGACGAGAGCCUGAAAAUGAGAGACGCGUUCUUCUGAUGAUUAGGGAAGAAGACUACUGAGAUAUUUACACUCUAGGUGAAUGGACAUCGACAGCUCACAGCUGGAAGACGUUCUUCACAUUCAUGUUUACCCAGAAGAACCUGAAUGCAGCAGUUUUCUGAAAGGUCGUCUAAUAAAAGCACUUCCUCUUUUUUAACAUUAGUGGGAGCACUGCUGAUGCAGAGGGUUGAGACAAAGUUGUGAGGUUUAUCGAACUGAGAGAACAUACCGGUCUGGACUGUUACAGCAGCUCUGUGAUGUUUGUCAUAGAUUUUCCCUGUGUUGCAGAACACAAAACACUCAGUGUUUUUCUACAGCAGUAAAGUAUAUUUCUUGAUUUUCA